AUGCCCUCAGUGCCGCCUUCAGCUCGUGAUAGUAGAUUUCUUCCUAUAUUCAACAUAGUUCCAAUUGGGCCAGCUCAAUGUACGGCGCCAUCUGGAGAGGUAGGAAACUGUUUGCCCAGUAAUGAUUGUGCCAUUCGUGGUGGUAUACCGGCUGGUCAGUGUGUAGCUGGUUAUGGCAUCUGCUGUGUUUUUUUACAAACUUGUGGUGGAAUGAUAAGAGAAAAUAAUACCUAUUUUGUAAAUCCUAAUCAUCCGGAUACUUAUGAUGGCACUGGCAGUUGUCAAGUAACGGUGCACAAAGUAAAUCCAGAUAUUUGUCAAUUUAGAUUGGAUUUAGAAAUGUUUUCUAUAGCGCCACCAGAGGCGGCAAAUCAUUUGUGCAAUCAGGAUCAAUUGCUAAUAUCUGGCAGCAGUCCAGUGCCCACCAUAUGUGGCACCUCAUCAGGAGAUCAUAUGUACAUUGAUGCCGGUUUGGGCCAGAGUAAUCCCAUUGUUAUUUCGGUCAUAACGAGCAAUACAUUUCCUCGCAUUUGGCGCAUACGAGUCUCGCAGAUACAUUGCGGCAGCAUAUCUCGUGCCGAUCAGGGUUGUCUCCAGUAUCACACCGGUAUUAGUGGUCGUGUACGUAGUUUCAAUUUUAAUACGGUGUCGGGUAGACAACUAUCAAAUCAGGACUAUAGUAUUUGCAUAAGAACGGAGAGAAAUUUUUGUGGCAUACAGUACAAUGCCUGUCCAGAUUUGGAAAAUAAUCGUUCAAGAUCGUUUACCAUAUCGGGCAAUACCAACAAUCCGGUGGGUACAAUGGUUGGUGGUGGCACACAAGUAACACAAAAUACUUGUAUACAAGAUUGGCUUUUGAUUGGUUGUAUGCGCUCGGCCGAUCGUAUACCACCAUUAAGUGCUUGUGAAGAUCGUGUUUGUGGUGGUACGUUCAGUGCCGAAGUCGGAAUGGUGCAGAAAACUGUACAAAGUAGUGUACGACCAUUUCGUUUAUAUUUUCAUACCGAUGGCAUUGAGGCACCCACCGAUAUCGAUAAUCGAGGUUUUUGCUUGGAUUAUGUUCAACAACCUUGUACAAAUGGCUUCUAGAAUCACCUAAACAAGUAACUAUCAAAUAAAAUACUUUAUUAUGUAAUAAUUUUUAUAUUUAUUUAUUUAAAUAAUUAUA